AUGUCGGAAAAUGCAGUGGCGCAGAUCACUCAACCAACAGGGUCAACCCUACUACCGCGUCCAGUCGCGUCGUUGAUAUCGUUGAUUACCCAGUCAACAUCACUUUCCCUACGAUUGGGGACAUUCUUCGGUGGAGCUGCCCUAGAUGGCGCCCGAGCCACCACUCUCACUAGCCUCGAACUAAGCAGAGCCUUAGUAGAAGGCAUCCUGACAAGAGCAGGACGCGAUGUUGCGAUCCGAAGUAGUGACGAGCACGGCAGAACAGAGGCAGAGUCGCUGCUGGAGCGAAGUUUGGCCACGCUCCAUACGACCGUGACCUCGGCAUCGUUUUUCGCAGCGGCCUCAUUCCACUUCUCGUCGACAACGUUGUCUUCCAUCUCCCAUCUAUCACAGGCACUCUUGUCGACUUUAGACGCUAUUCUAGGGUCCACCGAGUCUUCCAGGGCGAUUGCGGCCAUUAUCACGCUCAUUCGGCGCGAGUUCAGGUCCAUUGAGCCCGGUGCAAGUACCGAGAAGAUCGGUGUCGGGGAUCUACUCGUGGGCUCUUUGGGCUUCGCACUCCUGCAGCGUUGGGGAAAGAAGAACACCGAACGUCAUCUACGUCAGAAUGGGGGUGAUGAGGUUGUUUGGGAUGUCGUUAUCCUGGACAAUGGCGCAAGAGCAGACGUGAUCGGCUCUCAUCAACUGCAAUUUCCCGACCGUGGAAAUGAAGAACCAGUCGAGCCUGGGAGUGCGUCUUUUGUAAUGCCAGGAAAUGGCGAAGAAGCUUUUGAUGCGAUCAGGCGCUCUAGCGCCACUGAUACCCUAGGGCAUCGUCUCUCGAUUCCUUUGGAUGACCAGCAGCAGGUCUCUGAUGAGGAUGUUCGUGCUUAUAUCAUGAGCCAACUCCCUCAAGGUUGCCAUGCAUCUAUCAGGUCGGAACUCUUGACCGCGCGAACAAUCACGGUUGAUAUCUAUGAUGACGAUAUGGCCGAGAUCGCAGCACCGCCGGGAACGAAGAUGAUUGAGGAGAGAUUUCACCACAACUAUGAUUCUGGAGAUACACUUAUGGUUGAUGGUCAGCAACGGCUCCCACGACAAACCGUGGUCUUUCGGACAGCUUUCAAUAAGUCCCAAAGCACUCAGUUGCGGCCCGGUGAUGACUCUGGCAUUGCAGCAUUGCCUGAUGCCGCUCAUCGCCGGGUAUCACUGAGCAAGCCGUUGCCUGAAAGCCCCGUCAAGUCCCAAAGUAGCCCAUCGCGUUCGCAUACUGAUACACCUAGUACCGCCAAGCACCAGAUGCCAGAAUCACCGGGCGAAAGCUCCAAGCCCGGUCUCGGCAAGGGCUUCACUAAGUUUGCACAGCUGGUAAAGCCAGCUAGCCUGGAGAAAGGCGACGCCAAACGACCAUUGGGAAAGUCCCCAAAGUCUCCAGUGUCCGGAAAUACCGCUCCUCGUCUGCCACCCAGGCCUACGAAUAGACCUACGAAAGGAUCGGCUUCUGUGAAGGAAGCCACCGCUCGAGAGAUCUCUGCAAAGCCCGAUCUUAAGAAAAGCCGAACCGAGCCUGCAAACUAUCGGCCCUCAACUCCAGCACCAAACCGAGGCUUGCGAAGGUCACCCUUUACCGGCUCACCUCAAAGACCACCGCCCCAGUCGCAAACAAAACAUGUCACAUCUCAUGAGGUAUCUCCGAGAAACAAUCGCGGAGGUCACUUCUCACUGAGACAUGAUAAUCAAGAGGCGUUUCUUACUCAAAAGGAUGCUUUUAUAGCCCGCCGCGGUGGUGAUCUUCGUCCCGGAUCCCCUGCUACGACCCAAACACAUGUUCGUAGUAGCAGCUCGAUGUCCAUCACAAGAUCAGAGGCAGAUGGAAGGAUGUCGGCAAACGACAAUCGACCUGGAUCGUCGGCUCUCCAUCGCAGAUCUCACUCUUACACCCCGAGCAUAUACUCACUGGCAACUGCAGGAUCCGAGACAUCCCUUUUGCUUGCACAUCGGCCACGCAAAAGUGCUUAUGGAGAUACAGAAACUAUCCAGGCUCUGAAUAGGGAUGGCAUUGUCCCAGGUAUCUUUCCUGAGAGACAUUUCGUGCAGAAUAUUAGAAGAUUCUGUCGGUUCUCGUCCGCUUCAUAUGGCUCCAACGCACUCAAAGUCAUGGGCGUCCCAAGAGACCCUACAAACCUACCCAAUACCACGUCUGACGGCCACGUCCACAGUGCGUUUACAGAAAACGCAGGUCUCCCACCGUCUACCAUUCUCCUAUCAUCCUUUGUCGAUCCAGCCGGCGGCUCGAAUGCUGCCGGCGAAACAGACACAGGAUUCCCCCUCGUCCACUAUCUCUCUAUAGACCACGACUCCAAAGCCAUUGUCCUCACCCUACGCGGGACCUGGGGCUUCGAGGAUAUCCUCACAGACAUGACCUGUGACUACGAUGAUCUGGAAUGGCAAGGCAAGAGCUGGAAAGUCCACAAAGGCAUGCACGCAUCCGCCAAGCGGCUCCUGGAAGGAGGCGGCGGUCGAGUAAUGAUCACGCUACGAGCAGCCCUUGAAGAAUUCCAAGACUACGGCAUCGUCCUCUGCGGCCAUUCUCUCGGUGGUGGCGUCGCAGCCCUUUUAGCAACAAUGAUCUCAGAGCCAAACCCCAUCCAAACAGGCACUUCCUUCAUAACAUCCUCCUACCGUCCCCGUCUCCUACCAGACACCAACUCAAACACCAUCCCAACCUACACACUACCCGCAAACCGCCCCAUCCACGUCUACGCCUACGGCCCACCAGCCGUCAUGUCCCCCUUCCUCCGCAUCGCCACCCGAGGCCUCAUAACAACCAUAGUAAAUGGCUCAGACAUAGUCCCCAGCCUGUCACUUGGAAUUCUACACGACAUGCACACAGCCUCCCUCUCCUUCAAAGACGACACAGCCAAAUCCCACAUCCGGCAACGUCUCCGCGACUCACUGCGGCAAAGCAUCAUUCAUAAAUUCUACGUCAAUCAGCCGCCACUGGUCGUCAAUGCCGGCGACGGUGUCGGCGAAGAUGCCUGGGCUUGGAAAACGCUUAAAUUACUCCGUGAGGAAAUGCGGGCUCCAAAGCUCAUGCCUCCAGGUGAGGUCUUUGUCGCUGAGACUAUGCGCGUUUUGCAAAGGGAUGCUUUUACCCUGCCUGAUCUUGAUGGAGGGAGGCUUGGGAAACCAGCUACACGGGUCCAGUUGCGAUUCGUGAGAGAUGUUGAUACUUACUUUGGGGAAUUGCGGUUUGCUAGUGGCAUGUUGAGUGAUCAUAAUCCAGCUAGGUAUGAGACUAGUCUGGCGGCUUUGGUUAGGGGUGUUCUAGAUGGGUAG